CCAAAGAAAAUCUGAAGUGUGUGUAUAUGACUGUAUUUGUUUUUCUGGCUGUGAAGUGUUCUACUUCAGUGCAAUAAUAUUUUUCGAAGAUAUGAAAAUUGUGGGAACACACAUACUUUAUUGACAUGACGUGGCAGAUGUUUAUAACGGAUAUUAUUAAAUAAACAGAGAGCUCGAUUUUCAGGGAAAGUAAACAUGACGUACGGCCGCCAACUACGGUCUUCUGCUGUGAAUGUGCAAUAUAAAUCCUCCUUUUACCACACUUCCCGUACUUUGCCUGAUAUUUUAGAGAGGUGACUGCAGUGUUUCCGUAAUACAUAUACCAACAGCCUCUUCAUGAGCGACAAGCAGAAACUUCUAAAUACUGGACGUUUGUUCGAAAACCAAUGGGAAAUUGUUUCUCUUGCUUCAAGGACCCUCCGCCUCCAGUUCCGUCCACAAACGGUCCCCUGGAGAAAGACAAGGAAGAGAUCAAGGAACUGACGGGAGUCCUUAACUCAGCUGAAGAUAUUAAUUGCUCUCCUUUGGGUACUGUGGAAACACAAAUUAAUGGCAACAGCAAAGGAGCAGGCAUUCCCAGCUUUGUCGUUGGAAGUGAUAAUUAUGGCAGCUUGCACCGUGACAAAACAACUCGGACAUUUUACCCUCGUAUUCCACCUUUGAGUCGCACAUCUGGACUUUCAAGUAGUGAAACAAAAGGAAGGGAACCUUCAGAGUCAAAGCUUAAUGUCCUCUUUGACCAGUAUAGAGACAGCAAUGAGGAUUCUAUUCUAGCUGAUGGAAUUGAGCGACUUUGCAAUGAUCUCUCUGUCUCGCCAGAUGAUUUUAAAGUGCUGGUGCUUGCAUGGCGUCUAAAUGCUGAGCAAAUGUGCCGAUUUACCAGAUCUGAAUUUGUGAAUGGAUGUCGUGCAAUGCGAGUGGACUCUGUACGUGCUAUUCAAGCAAAACUCCCAGAAUUGGUUGCUGAUGUUCUGAAGGACCCUGAAAUGUUCAAAGAUUUGUACCGCUUUACGUUCAGAUUUGGCCUAGAUGCAGAGUCAGGUCAGCGUAUAUUACCGUCCGAUAUGGCCAUUUGUCUGUGGCGUUUGGUGUUCUCUGCCUGCGAGCCACCGAUUCUUUCGCGGUGGCUUUUCUUUUUAGAAAAUCAUCCCCAUGUGAGAGGAAUUCCUCGAGACACUUGGAAUAUGUUUCUUAAUUUCUCAGAAGCUGUGGGUGAUGACCUCAGUUCAUAUGACGACACUGAGGCUUGGCCAAGUCUCUUUGAUGAUUUUGUUGAAUUUGAAAAUGAUAAACUGAAUCAGAAUAUAUCGAAAGAUAAAGAAGAAAUAAUUAAACAAGACUGUGAAUAAGCAAGUAACUUGUUUUAUUACUGAAAACUUUGGAUUAUUUUUUUAUUAAUUUAUCACAUGUAAGACUGAUGUUUGCUUAGGAUGCCAUGC